GCGCUGGGUUGCCGCCGCUGCUGCCGCCAUCGUGCCAGCCCCUCGGGUCUCAACGAGGCCGGGUGACACUCCAGAAUGGGAGACAAGCCAAUUUGGGAGCAGAUUGGAUCCAGCUUCAUUCAACAUUACUACCAGUUAUUUGAUAACGACAGAACCCAACUAGGCGCAAUUUAUAUUGAUGCGUCAUGCCUUACGUGGGAAGGACAGCAAUUCCAGGGGAAAGCUGCCAUUGUGGAGAAAUUGUCUAGCCUUCCGUUCCAGAAAAUCCAGCAUAGCAUCACGGCGCAGGACCAUCAGCCCACGCCAGAUAGCUGCAUCAUCAGCAUGGUUGUGGGCCAGCUCAAGGCCGAUGAAGACCCCAUCAUGGGGUUCCACCAGAUGUUCCUAUUAAAGAACAUCAAUGAUGCUUGGGUUUGCACCAAUGACAUGUUCAGGCUUGCCCUGCACAACUUCGGCUGACCUCCUCCCAGCCAGGCACUCAUGCUGUUUCCUCCUCCCUCCUCUUCCCGAUAUUAUUCAUGCUCCUCCAGAUGCUCCAAAUAUCAUACACAAAUGAGCAGGGCCGCGGUGGGAGUGGGCGCGGUGCGCUACUGCUGCCGAGGUAUUGUGCAUGAUGUUUGGACGCUAGACUAGUUGCAUCUGACGGGAGAAGUUUGUGUUGUACCAGCGCAUGCCUUGGAAAGACUUAAGUAAUGCGAAAGGUUGUAUUUUUUUUUUUUAAUCUACUGACAAGUUGCUCUAGUAACCCAAAGAAGUGAAGGAGAAAGCAGCUGCCUCACCACCG